AUGGGUGAGUGGUUUGCGGGAAGAAACAGUGAGACUGCAAAUGCAUAUGGUUUCUUCAUGCCGAGAGGUCCUGAGGUGUCGUGGGCGUCAUUAGUUUGGAGGCCGGAAAUUAUGCUGAAGCAUCGAUUCAUUCUAUGGUUACUUGCUCAUGGAAAGCUACAAACAACAAAUAGAAUGGCAUAUGUGGAGAACAAGACUUGUAUGCUUUGCCAAUGUCAAGAUGAGUCGAAUGGUCACUUGUUCUUUGAGUGCUCUAUCACAUGUACUCUUUGGAACAAGGUGCGGAGAUGGUUAGAGAUAAAUCAUGAAGUUAACUCAAUAGAGGAGUUAUUUCACAUCCUUGGCCACUACUACAAAGGUGUGAGCCAGAGAAUGAAGGUGAGGUAUCUUGAAAUUUCUAGUAUGAUAUAUGUUUUGUGGGAAGCUCACAACAGGUGUCUCUAUGAGGGGAUAGUUCCUGAUAUUGAUAGAAUAUUGCGCAAGGUCCAAAUUAAUGUUUAUCAUUUGUGGAUUUAUGUAGAAAUUGAAGUGAUUCACCUCGCAAAAGCAUGGGCAGUACAAAUUAUAAGAAUGGUGCAGAUAGUGUUGAAGUUGAUUUCAUCGGCAAAUGAAUUUCAUCGGCGAAUCAAUUUCAUCGGUGAAAGGAGAAGGUUGUACAAUUAA